CUUUGCGGAAGCUCGGAGGAGCCGAGGCGGCGCUACAGCUAAUUAGCAUAAACUAGUUGCUGCUGCGCUGUUGUGGAUGGACGGCUGAACCGAACCACCGGAACCGACAGCGCCUCACCACAGCCAAAGCAACACCGGGUCCGGCCUCAGUUUGUAGGGAUCUCAUCACCGUCCGCCUGCCGAGGAGAUGGGGGACAAGGCGGGCACCAGAGUUUUCAAGAAGUCCAGCCCCAACUGUAAGCUGACUGUUUAUCUGGGAAAGAGGGACUUUGUGGACCACCUGGACCACGUGGACCCAGUAGAUGGAGUSAUCCUCGUCGACCCGGAGUACCUGAAGGACCGGAAAGUCUUCGUCACGCUCACCUGUGCGUUCAGGUACGGCCGGGAGGACCUGGAUGUCCUGGGUCUGUCCUUCAGGAAGGAUCUCUACAUCUCCACCUUCCAGGCCUUCCCUCCGGUUCCAGAGGAGAAGAAGCCCAACAGUCGUCUGCAGGAGAGGCUGCUGAAGAAGCUCGGCCAACAUGCACACCCCUUCUACUUCACAAUUCCUCAGAACCUGCCGUGUUCUGUCACCUUACAGCCCGGCCCGGAGGACACCGGCAAGGCCUGCGGCGUCGACUUUGAGAUCAGAGCUUUCUGUGCCAAGUCCAUAGAGGAGAAGAUCCACAAGAGGAACUCAGUCCGUCUGGUGAUCAGGAAGGUCCAGUACGCUCCGGAGAAACCAGGUCCUCAACCCAUGGUGGAGACCACCCGCAGCUUCCUGAUGUCAGACCGUUCCCUGCACCUGGAGGCUUCACUAGACAAGGAGCUGUAUUACCAUGGAGAGCCCAUCAGUGUGAACGUUCACGUCACCAACAACUCCACCAAGACCGUGAAGAGGGUCAAGAUCUCCGAGUGAAGGACGUCACCAACAAGGAGGUUCUGGGCAUCCUGGUGUCCUACAGAGUCAAGGUCAAGCUGGUGGUCUCUCGUGGAGGAGACGUUUCUGUGGAGCUGCCCUUCAUCCUGAUGCAUCCUAAACCUGUGGAGCAGCCGGUGUCCCGCCCCCAGUCAGCUGUGCCGGAGUCUGACCCCCCCAUCGACACCAACCUGAUCGAGUUCGACACAAA